UUUUGAAAUCUGAAAUGGCGCUGAAUUCACUGUACCAGCCUGAGAAACUCGGUGUAUGGGUGUAUAUGAGAAGCAGCUAACUUUAGAUCAGCCUGAACUACCAGAGUUCGACCCCACGUUGGAUAAAUAUCGUCCCAGAGUAGUCUUGUUGUUUGGUAAUGUAAUUGUUUCUAGCCUCGUAGAUCAUGUUUGUCUCGGUAUGCUUUCUGCUUAGUGUCUCAUGUUGCUGUGCUGGUGAGUAUGAAAGUUAGCACUAGUACAGUACUAAUGGGUCCCUUUAUCGUCCACCUACUGUACUAGUAGCUCUCGACGCUCGUUAGAAAUGUUACCAAAAUGUCGAUAUAAUACAAAUUUAAAAACGUGAUGUCAGUCACAGCAUUGCACUUUAAUAUAUAGAUACACACCUAUAAUAUAAAAUUCCGGUUUUAAAAUCCAAUAAGGAUAUGCUUACAAAUGUAGAGCUAAUUUUCCUGAAUUUAGCAGUUACCGCAGAGCCAUAGAAAAAGAAUCUUUUUCAAUGGUUCUGAGUUACCGUAGCCAGGGGGCCCCAUUACAGUAUCGUCCACCCAACCACUUUAUGGAGAAAUGUCAAGUUUGACGCUGAGGAAGACAGCUGCUACACGUAUGGUUUUAGAGCGUAUUUACAUACUCAAAUCUCAAAGUAAGAAGCUGUCACUUGUUGUGCAGCAAUAUAAGAUGUGUACAUAUCGAUGAGUUACUUUAUGUCGUUGCUGCAGCCUGCAGUAUAUCUUCUUUAAGAAAUUAACGGAAGAAACGGUUGUGAACGAUACUGGGGUCUGGAACGUUGGUGAGUUUGGAUAGACGAUAAUGGGGCCGCUUACUCUAGCUAGCUCCCCAUAUUGAAAUCUUUCAACAGGAAAUGAAAUUAUUGAGCCCCUUUUGCAUUACAAUUUCUUAUCUAUAUCAGGUGCUGUCUUGGAGGCUGUCUUGGAGACUGUCUGUUAUGGUGCGGAAUAUGUUAUCCCAUCAAAUUACGAAUACCAUUUAUUAGUUUCCAAACUGUUCUUCAAGCCAACAUACCCCGAGGGAUCACCCAAGAUACUGGUGUUAGACAAAUUGGAGCUAAAAGACCCACGUUACAAAUCCACCUUCUCGACCUUGAGAAUACCAUAUGUAACAGAAGAGGACAAUGGGAUUUUCUCUGUUAUGUAUGACGAUGGCAUUACAUUUGAUCUCCUCAGACUGGAAGUUACUGCUUGUUUUUCCAAAGAUGAAGUUGGUUACAGAACUACCUGGCAUUUUGACACAGUUGACAAUCCAGCUACCUUAGACUUCCUGCCUUUAGACUCUUCCUCUGAGCCAGUGGUACUCUGGAAUCAGACAGACAGCCAGGCUGGCAUGGAGGGCAUGGGGAUGAUGAAAAGCCACUCAUGGGUGGUAUUACGUGCCACCCAAAAGCAUUAGGGCCACUAUACCUUCAGAAACGGCAAUGGGCAGUUUCUGUCCAGAAGAAAGCUUGAAGUGAAAGUUGAGGGUCUCAGAUUGUAGGCUUUGCCCUAUUGCUCUCACUUCCUAAAAGGUUGAGUGGUACACUCUGGAACGUGGUGAGACACUCAACAUCUAUAUCUUCCUGGACUCCACCCAGUUCAACCUCAACUAUUUUCAGGAAGGGGACCCAGAGGCCACACUUCUGAUUAGAAAGGGAAGAGAAAUAGGCUUGAGAUGUGGGAGAGAGGUUUUCGUUUCCAGAUGUUAAAUUUAGAGAACCAGGACUCUGGCAAGUUUGAGCUCAGAGACCAGGACAACAACUUGGCAUUAGUAGUUUGGCUGAACGUAAAACCUCUUAUUUCUGUGGAGACUUACAUUUCUGUGGGAGUUUCAGUCGUUUUCCUGGUGGGUAUCUGUUGUUGUGUGAGGAAGUGCUGCUGUAAGAGGAACGCCUCCAAACAAAACGCCUCUGCUUCCGGGUCAGGGCAGGUCGUGGUCCACCAAGAUGACGAAACCUGUCACAUGACCAGUCAACCCUCAGGCCCAAGUUACCCCAGCCCCCCAUAUUUUCAGAGUUAUGCUAGUGAACCGGUCGUCACAAUAUCCCCCGCUGCACCCUCUGGCCCAACGUAUCCCUACCAGUCCACUGCUGCUCCCCCCAAUCCAUCGUCCAAUGACACGACGACCCUUAAGGAUGACCCCCACACUCAGGUGUCCACCUCCACAGGACUGGAUCCUCCUUCGUUCUCUCUGGGUUUCGACUUCCUCUCUUCGGAUUCUGAGACUCAGUUCAAGCUUCCUCAGAGACUAAACCACCGCACUGACUUCUUUCCCAGCUCAGACCCUUCCCCCUCUGCAGAUGUCUACAACUCUGACAAAUUGAAUUUCCUGUAAAAGAAAAUACUGGAUUUGGUGGGACCAUACCACAUUUAGUUAUGUUCUUGUCUAGUCACACGUCUGUUAUGUGGCCUAAUUCUAUGGAUAAGUAUUCAUUAUUUUAUCAUUCAUUUAUUGUUUAAGCAUAUGUGGGCACCUUCAAGGAUUCUACUGUGUUGAGUUGAGGAUAAGUGCAAGCCAAAUCACCAUCUCCAGUUUUGAUACAUUUAUAUUUUCCACUUUUAUAUUUUUAUUCUCUGAGAAUUUGUGCCUUUUUAUAAUUUUUUUGUGCUUGGGUGGAUAAUCCAAUAGUUUGUACUGUGACUAUUCACACUAGUUAGCAGUCACUUCUGUGAACCUAACUGUACUUUCUGUGAUGCCCUGUGUACUGAACAUCCUUUCACCACUACAUGUUUGGGAAAUCUACCUGCUUGCCUUAUAGCCCUGGUGCUGCCGGUCCUGGUUGUCUUGCCAGGCCUUUCUGACCUCAUAUACUAUUGGACAACUCAAUGUCCCAUAUGGAAACUUAUCAAACUUUGUGUGUUGUUUUUUACUGUGUGUGUUGAUAUUAUUAUAACGAGGACUUAGCUUCUCUGUCUUCCUCAGAAAAACAAGAAAACUAAGCGCUAAUACCUAUCACUGAUGUUUUUCAGUAAAAACAAAGUUGAAAAUACCGACUUUCGACCACUUGUCUGACUGUGUGUGUUUGAGUUGGCUCGG